CCGAAAACUUCUUAGGUUCCUUUGAACCCUGUGCCAACUGUUUGUUGUUUGCUUCUUGCAUCUUCUGCCAACCCCUCUCUCUCGCUUUAUCUUCUUCAUUUUGCUGCUACAAUCUUGAUUGAUGACCCUGCAUUCAACACUUGGCCUUGUCUUUCGCCUUACAUAAUUAUUUGUCUACAUAUAGAUUUUGUUCUGCUAGUGAGUUUGUUUGAUUGCAGCCCAGCCCCAACGCCGCAAAUUUCCUACGACUUCGUUAUUCGCUGUUUCGAUCGCUGCCCUCAAUAAUUACCACCGACUUCGCCUUACCUCAUUUUGGUUCCCAACCCAAAAUUCACCGAGGUCAAAGGCCAUCAUUUUGAUGUGCAUUUUUCUUUUCCGCCCCCGGUCCGCGUUCGGCUCGUGAUCCUUUUGUUUUGCCUUGCCGCCGCCGCCUUUCGUCAUCACUCCGAAACCGACCGACCUAGACUGCGUUGGAAAAAGGUGCAAACAAAGGCGACGACUGGAUUGGUCAAAAGAUCUUUCGCCAACCAGCACCCGACGAAAACUUUCAACCAAGAUUUUUUAAACUGCACGCCCGGCUUGUCCUCCCAAUCCAAACAUCGACAAAAGAGCCUUGGCCAUAGUGCCGCAUUUGAAAUUCAAAAUGCCGAUUGUCGACUUGCUUGCUUCGAUUACGGGCGAAAAGCCGAAAUCAGCCGAGCCGUCCAAAAUCAACAUAAAUCCGAAGAGGAAGGCCGACGAUGAUCUCCGAAACGGUGGUGAUAAGUUGGCACGGAUGACAACCUCUACGGCUCCCAGAAAGGUCCCUGUGACAACCUCUCGCCCUACCACCACCGCUGCUUCUCCCUCGGUUGCACCGGUUUCGCGACCAGUAUAUCAAGGAACAUCCGACCCGAACAGAAGGACGCCUGGAUCUACCCCCAGGAUUUCGGCAGGUGUCGGUCAGAGCACAGCAUCAGCCCAAAAACCAAGGCCAACCCCGGCAUCGGCAAGGCCGGCCACCUCGGUCGCUGCCCCGAAAACAGCCCCCAAAAAGGGUUCGUUUGCUGAGAUUAUGGCACGUGCGGCAAAGGCGCAGCAGAGCCAAGGACCUAUCGGCAAAAUUCAGCAUAAAGCAGUCGAGAAACCACCACUGAACCGUCAAAGGACAGAUCCAAAAUUAGAGGCGACACGGGGUCCUUCAGCAAACGGGAGGGACGACGUUAGGGGCGGGUCGGUUGCACAGAAAGGCAGGACAGCAGGGCCAUCCGUCUCCAGGAACGGAGAUAGAGCCAACGGAAGGAUACGGAGUCCUGGUGCACCUGGAGCAAGGCCUACGCCUAAUGGCAAGAAGGAAUCAGCAGUGGCCACCGAGGCGAAAAAGGUCAAGAAGGCAGCGGUGGCAACCACAGGGUAUCAGGGCACCGCCCGACCAAAGCCCAAUGGAGCGAAGAAGCCUGGCCAAGUUUCCACAAGCUCACGAAACGCUGGUCAUCGCACAGCUGGUGUCAACGGUUCACGGGAUUAUCGGUCCCGCCAAAGCCGCUAUUACGAGGACGACGAGGACGACAUGGACGAUUUUAUCGACUACGACGACGACGAGGAGGAGAACGGUUACGGUCGACCACGAUAUGCCGACGCCUCUGAUAAUGAAUCUGAUAUGGAGGCCGGUAUUUCAGACAUUGACGAGGAAGAGCACAGAGCAGAGAUACUUGGUCGUCGCGAGGACCGUGAACAGGAAGCCCUAGAGCAGAGACUCAAGCGUGCCAAAGAGGAACGGAAACAACGGCUCCUGGAAUCCAUGUCUAGGCGGCGAUAG